ACAAUCGAUUCAAGCGUAACCUUUUCCCUUCCUUAUCGCGUUUAUAUGGUACAUUGACUUCCACCGUCGAUGUUAAAGCAGUGCUAUCAUGGCGGAGCGCGUUCAGCAGCCCCCAGCCAAACGGCUCUGCUGUAGACCGGGUUAUAACACGAAUUGUAGACAGGGACAACAGGCCGGGGGUACGUUAUGUGGCGGUUCGGGUGUGGCCCAAGGCGGGUCGAGCAAAACCCAGACCCCGGAGUCUCUGUUGGACAUCUCGGCCCGGAAAGUGGCCGAGAAGUGGCCGUUUCAACGGGUAGAGGAGCGCUUCGAACGGAUCCCGGAGCCUGUACAGAGACGGAUCGUUUACUGGUCUUUCCCAAGGAGUGAACGGGAGAUCUGCAUGUAUUCUUCGUUCAGUACAGGGGGAGAGGAGAGUGGAACUAGCGGGGAAAAUAGUGAUGAGACGCGGCUGCCUUUCAGACGAGGCAUCGCUCUUUUGGAGAGCGGCUGUGUGGACAACGUAUUGCAAGUCGGAUUCCACCUCAGCGGAACGGUAACAGAACCGGCCACGCCGUCGGAACCCGAGCUCGUCUGCAGCGUGAGUGUCAGCUUCGACCGCUGCAAGAUCACAGCGGUCACGUGCGGCUGUGGUAACAAGGACAUCUUCUACUGCGCCCACGUGGUAGCGCUGGCCCUGUACCGCGUACGGAAGCCCGACCAGGUCAAACUGCACCUGCCCAUCUCAGAGACACUGUUCCAGAUGAAUAGAGACCAGUUGCAGAAGUUUGUCCAGUACCUGAUAACAGUACACCACACGGAGGUGCUGCCCACUGCUCAGAAACUAGCUGACGAGAUUCUGUCUACAAACUCUGAGAUCAACCAGGUCCAUGGAGCCCCGGACCCCACGGCAGGGGCCAGUGUAGAUGAUGAGAACUGCUGGCACCUGGAUGAGGAGCAGGUCCAGGAGCAGGUGAAACUCUUCCUCUCACAGGGAGGAUACCACGGCUCUGGGAAACAACUCAACCUGCUGUUGAGCAAGGUGAGAGAGAUGUUGAAGAUGCGUGACACCAACGGUGCCAGGAUGUUAACGCUGAUCACAGAACAGUUUAUGGGCGACCCUCGCCUGGCACUGUGGAGACAACAGGGAACAACCAUGACCGACAAAUACAGACAGCUGUGGGAUGAGCUAGGUACCCUGUGGAUGUGUAUUGUGCUGAACCCCCACUGUAAGUCGGAGCAGAAGUGUGUGUGGCUGAGACAGCUGAGACGGUGGAACAGCGUCGAUGUGUGUCCAUGGGAGGACGGAAACCACGGCAACGAACUACCCAACCUCACACACGCACUACCGCACGGCAACCCAGACUUGUCGUCUCGUCCUCACAGGACAGUGUUUACGAGGGCCAUCGAGGCCUGUGACCUGCACUGGCAGGACACACAUCUGCAGCGCAUCAUCACACAUGACCUCUACACACACACACACUCACACUGUCCCCACGACAACCACGGAAGUGGAGGGGCACUGUUUGACACCAGCGGCUGGCCCCUCUGGCACGAGCACGUCCCUACAGCGUGUGCGAGGGUUGACGCGCUGCGGUCACAUGGUUAUCCCAGAGAAGCCUUGCGAUUGGCCAUUGCUAUUGUCAACACACUCAAACGGCAGCAACAGAAACAACUACAGCUCCUCCGCAGCCUCAAAAAAGAGCUGCUCCAUAAAGGCAUGACAUCAGUCACUAACAUGGAGGGCUGGGUGGGCCACCCCCUGGACCCUAUAGGCACUCUGUUCAGCACCCUGCUGGACACGGGUCGGGGAGACGAGGAGGGGGGCAACGCCUUCCUAGACUUCUCAGGCUCUGUGAGUUCAGCCAAAAGGUCGGAGCCUCACCUCUUCCCAGUGCAUCACUUCCUGGACGAUGGCCAAUCGUUCAUAGCACUGGCUGUAGAGACGGCGCUGAUUGGCUUAGGGCAGCAGAGGGUGAUGCCCGACGGCCUAUAUGCCCAGGAGAAGGUGUGUCGCAACGAAGAGCAGCUAUUGGCUAAGCUCCAGGAAGUGGAACUGAACGACACGCUGGUCAAGAUCUUCCGCAAGCAAGCAGUCUUCCUGCUAGAGGCUGGACCAUACAGUGGUCUAGGAGAGUUGCUCUACAGAGAGAGUGUUCCCAUGCAUACCUUCGCCAAGUAUCUCUUCACCUCCCUACUACCUCACGACGCUGAACUGGCGUACAAAAUUGCACUGAGAGCCAUGAGGUUACCGGUCCUGGAAACCAUGGCUCCAUCAGGUGAUCUGUCCAGACCUCACCAUAUAGUGUCUAUGGUCCCUAACCGCUACCCUCGCUGGUUCACUCUGUCUCAUAUAGAGUCACAACAAUGUGAACUGGCCUCCACCAUGCUCACCGCAGCCAAAGGUGAUGGGCGGAAGUUAGAAACAGUGUUAGAGUCCAUCCAGAAGAACAUCCACUCCUCAUCUCACAUCUUCAAACUGGCUCAGGACGCCUUCAAGAUCGCUACUCUGAUGGACAGCCUGCCAGACCUCACACUGCUCAAGGUCUCUCUGGAGCUGGGCCUUCAGGUGAUGAGAAUGACUCUGUCCACGUUGAAUUGGAGGAGGAGGGAGAUGGUCCGGUGGCUGGUCACCUGUGCCACAGAAGUUGGUGUGUAUGCAUUGGACAGCAUCAUGCAGAGUUGGUUCACCCUGUUCACCCCGACCGAGGCCACCAGCAUCGUGGCCACCACCGUCAUGUCCAACACCACCAUCGUCCGGCUGCACCUGGACUGUCACCAGCAGGAGAACCUGGCCUCCUCCGCCCGGACCCUGGCCCUGCAGUGUGCUAUGAAGGACCCCCAGAACUGUGCCCUCUCCGCCCUCACCCUCUGCGAGAAGGACCACAUCGCCUUCGAGACGGCCUACCAGAUCGUGUUGGACGCGGCCGUCACGGGGAUGAGCUACACACAGCUGUUUACGAUAGCCAGGUACAUGGAGCACAGAGGAUAUCCCAUGAGGGCGUACAAACUGGCCACGUUAGCCAUGGCCCACCUUAACCUCAGCUACAACCAGGAUACCCACCCGGCUAUCAACGACGUGCUGUGGGCCUGUGCUCUGAGCCACUCCCUGGGGAAGAAUGAGCUGGCUGCAGUCAUCCCCCUGGUGGUGAAGAGUGUGAAGUGCGCCACGGUGCUGUCAGACAUUUUGAGACGGUGCACGUUGACCACACCGGGCAUGGUGGCGCUGCACAGCCGCAGGAACUCUGGGAAGCUGAUGUCGCUGGACAAGGCUCCGCUUAGGCAGCUGCUGGAUGCCACCAUCGGGGCCUACAUCAACACUACGCACUCUCGCCUCACACACAUCAGCCCACGCCACUACAGCGAGUUCAUAGAGUUCCUCAGUAAGGCCAGAGAGACAUUCCUCAUGGCCCAGGACGGACACAUCCAGUUCACACAGUUCAUAGACAACCUUAAACAGAUCUACAAGGGCAAGAAGAAACUCAUGAUGCUCGUACGGGAGAGGUUCGGUUGACGAAAGACUCAACAAUAAACUUAAAAACUAUUGUGAUUGGUCGAUGGAUCUAUUGAGAUGGAGAUGGAGACCGAUCACGCCCCCUUUUACUUGAUUCUGCCUUUGUAUCCUUUUUAACUUAAAAAGUGACAGAAAAACGGAAAACGGAAAGAAAAAACUGAAAACAACAAAAAGGAAUCGACUAAAAACAAACAACAAAAGGCCACAUCGGUAUUAAUGUGUAUAGACCCUAUUUAGUUCACAUACAAGCAAACAAAAAAGACAAUUGUCAUGUUGUGGAAGUGUGUGUGUCCCUUUAUGUAUAAAGACGGUGUGUAAGAGAGAGAGAACUAAAGAGAAAAAUAAAAUAUUUUGGUUUACACUGAGUAUAUGUUGUCCAGUGGCGAGAUGUCCACAUAGCACUCCUGUCCCCCUCUGUUAAAUGCUCACAGCUCAAAGAGACAAUGAGACAAACACGGCUUAAAACCAAACAGAGCAACUCCAUUAGACGUGACAGUACCUCGUACGGACCCAGCUUUACUCCCCCCUUGUCCUUGUCCUUACCCCUUCCUCAACCCUCCCUCCCCCACUCAGUGUAGUCAGUGUGUGUGUUAACAGUUAAAAAACAACACAAACAAACAGUUCACUAUUACUUCACAAUUUCUUCUUCUGUUUUUCUUUAUUUCUUGUUUCAUUUCUCUUUAGUAACAGGGAUCACCAACUCCAGGCUGACUCUGCUAUGGCUUUAGUAACAGGAAUCACCAACUCCAGGCUGACUGUCUGCUAUGGCUUUAGUAACAGGAAUCACCAACUCCAGGCUGACUGUCUGCUAUGGCUUUAGUAACAGGAAUCACCAACUCCAGGCUGACUGUCUGCUAUGGCUUUAGUAACAGGAAUCACCAACUCCAGGCUGACUGUCUGCUAUGGCUUUAGUAACAGGGAUCACCAACUCCAGGCUGACUGUCUGCUAUGGCUUUAGUAACAGGAAUCACCAACUCCAGGCUGACUGUCUGCUAUGGCUUUAGUAACAGGAAUCACCAACUCCUGGCUUACUCUGCUAUGGCUUUAGUAACAGGAAUCACCAACUCCAGGCUGACUGUCUGCUAUGGCUUUAGUAACAGGAAUCACCAACUCCAGGCUGACUGUCUGCUAUAGCUUUAGUAACAGGGAUCACCAACUCCAGGCUGACUGUCUGCUAUGGCUUUAGUAACAGGAAUCACCAACUCCAGGCUGACUGUCUGCUAUGGCUUUAGUAACAGGAAUCACCAACUCCAGGCUGACUGUCUGCUAUGGCUUUAGUAACAGGAAUCACCAACUCCAGGCUGACUGUCUGCUAUGGCUUUAGUAACAGGGAUCACCAACUCCAGGCUGACUGUCUGCUAUGGCUUUAGUAACAGGAAUCACCAACUCCAGGCUGACUGUCUGCUAUGGCUUUAGUAACAGGAAUCACCAACUCCAGGCUGACUGUCUGCUAUGGCUUUAGUAACAGGAAUCACCAACUCCAGGCUGACUCUGCUAUGGCUUUAGUAACAGGAAUCACCAACUCCAGGCUGACUCUGCUAUGGCUUUAGUAACAGGAAUCACCAACUCCAGGCUGACUGUCUGCUAUGGCUUUAGUAACAGGAAUCACCAACUCCAGGCUGACUCUGCUAUGGCUUUGCAGUGUUGUUUACCCUGAUGCUUUAGACACAUGCAGAAACACACACACACACACACACACACACUAAACAAGCACACAUACAGUGAGGGAAAAAAGUAUUUGAU